AUGCUUGAGAAAGAGCUGGCGAGGCUCUAUACUUGGCCAAGUUCCGACCUCACGGAUGGAAAGAUCUUCUUGCCGGGCAAGGGGGUCUUCGCUAUGUUCAACCGGAAGGACACUUGGUUUGAUGAUAUGGGCUUCUCUAAAUUCCAGACUGACUACACCUUCUCUGAAAAUUGGGAUAAGGAAAGGAUGCCGGUGACGAUCCUUGUCCCAAACGAUUUGCCAGUCGGACAUAAAGCUCCAGUUAUGUGGUUCUUCCAUGGUGGUGGCUAUUGUACAGGAGCUGGCGACUUCCCCGCUUGGUACACUCGAACAGCCAUCAGUAGGGCUAAAGCGAAAAAGGCUAUCGUUAUCGCGCCGGACUACCCCUUAGGGCCCGAAGGCAACUACAAAGACAUCGUGGACUGUUUGAGGGACUUCCUUGUCUGGUACAAGGAGAAUGGCUGCUUCGAGCCUGGCUCCACGAAGUGGACAGAAUGGCUUUAUAAGCAGAAGCCCGUGCAGAAUUUUACCAUCGAUAAGAACCAUGUAUAUGUCGAGGGCGAGAGCGCUGGUGGUCAAGCGGCCGUUACCGCAUUGUGGUUGAACGCUACAAAGGGCGGACCGAAUUUGCCCAUUGACGUUGCGCUCCUUCGAUACCCGAUGAUUGCGCAUUACAAGCGCAAGUGGGACAAGAUGGCCGACAAGGAUGGCAAGAUAAAUUACAUGGGAAUUUGCUUCACGAAGAAGGACGUUUUGCAGCGCGAAGCCGACAUUACGGACCUAACCAAGUGGCUAGAAAGCCACAGUCUCGUACCUACUUGCUCGUCGCGCUGGCCUUCGAAGGGCAUGGCUUUCGCCUUCAUUCUCUCCGUUACAGAGAGAUGGCAAUGGUACUUUCAACGCCAGCACGAUUUCCCCAAAGCUAAAAGAGAUGAAAUAGGGUAUAUGGAUGGUAUUGAGCGGGCGAACAAUACUCAAAGUCGUGUCUUGCAUGAAUGUCUUCCACCCAUGUACAUCUUUCAUGGAUGGAAUGACCCGAAUUGUCCUAUUGAAGACACGGAAAAAUUCGUGAGGGUAUUGAGAACGAAGUACCCGGAACGAUACAACAACGAUAAGAAUCUGCGAUUCGACAUUGUGAAGGAGCUGGCUGUGAGAAAGAGCGGAAACCUGGAUGGCUCCAUCAGGAAGGAGUAUGAUUCCGAUAACGUUGGGCACGGGUUUGAUUACUGGCUCAACGAGACGGAGGAGAAAUUCUUGAGAGAUGCCUAUGAUUGGGUUGGUGACCGUUGGAAGACUAGUUCUUAG